AGUAACAAACAUUUUGCACUAUAUUUUCAUUUUCUUUGGAUCGAGAAGGUUUGGGUGUAAUCCCAUUUACAUACGCAUCUCAAUUCUGAUGCAAUAAAAGUAUCAAACUAGAGGACUUUCUGCAGUUCCCAACCACACAAAAUGGCUUCCAUGUCUUUCUCCACAACCUUCUUCACACGACUCCAUGAUUUCACUCGAACAAACCAAACCCCUUCACCCUCUUUGCGUUUCAUCAAAUCCCCCUUUGCUUCAUCCAAGUCAACCUUUUUCCAAACUGGGUUUUCUCUACCAUCCAAUCUUCCCAGCUUUCUUAUAAAGCCAAAGUCUUUCUCAGUUAAUGCAAGAGCUGCCACUGAUAAAACCAUUUAUGAUUUCACUGUCAAGGAUAUUGAGAAGAAGGAUGUUUCUCUGAGCAAAUUUAAGGGGAAGGUUCUGUUGAUUGUCAAUGUUGCUUCACGGUGUGGCUUGACAUCAUCAAAUUACUCAGAGCUGUCACGCUUAUAUGAAAAAUAUAAAAAUCAAGGUUUGGAGAUUCUAGCUUUCCCCUGCAAUCAAUUUGGUAUGCAGGAGCCUGGAUCAAAUCAAGAAAUUAAGCAGUUUGCUUGCACUCGAUAUAAAGCUGAAUUUCCAAUUUUUGAUAAGGUUGAUGUAAAUGGACCAUUUACAACUCCAGUAUACCAGUUCCUGAAAUCAAGUGCUGGGGGCUUUCUUGGUGAUCUUAUCAAGUGGAAUUUUGAGAAAUUCUUGGUUGACAAAAAUGGCAAAGUUGUUGAAAGAUACCCACCUACAACCUCUCCUUUUCAAAUUGAGAAGGAUAUCCAGAAGUUACUUGCUGCAUGAAUGUGUAAUUCCGAAAACAAAGGAUAACUGUACCUAGGAGCACAAACCGAGCGGUGCUAGCACAAGUAGUUCAAACUGAUGAAGAGCAAUAAAUAUAAUUAUGUAAAUUCGUUGGGUGUUUUUGCUGAUGAAACUAUUAGUUUAGGAAAAAUUUCACUAUAAUACCCCAAAAUUAUUUAAAUAAUGUGCAAUUGAAUAAAUAUACAAGUCCACAAUGUUAAGGCUUUUUCUUUAAUUUGUGUCUAAGCUAUCCAUUGCUUUGAAUGAUUUCAUUUUUUAAGAUCUAAUAGAUUUGUUAUGCCGCAUUCGGAGUUACAUUACAGACAAUAAUUAAUUUGUAAGUAACACCGUGCAAUUUAAAGUCAACCACAACUCUCUUUUCUU